GUCUGAAGAAGAGACGUAUGUGACUGAUAUGAAGGCAGAAGAUAUAGAGGGAGAAGAAGAGACGUAUGUGACUGAUAUGAAGGCAGAAGAUAUAGACAGAGAAGAAGAGACGUAUGUGACUGAUAUGAAGGCAGAAGAUAUAGAGGGAGAAGAAGAGACAUAUGUGACUGAUAUGAAGGCAGAAGAUAUAGAGGGAGAAGAGACGUAUGUGACUGAUAUGAAGGCAGAAGAUACAGAGGGAGAAGAAGAGACGUAUGUGACUGAUAUGAAGGCAGAAGAUACAGAGGGAGAAGAAGAGACGUAUGUGACUGAUAUGAAGGCAGAAGAUACAGAGGGAGAAGAAGAGACGUAUGUGACUGAUAUGAGGGCAGAAGAUACAGAGGGAGAAGAAGAGACGUAUGUGACUGAUAUGAAUGCAGAAGAUAUAGAGGGAGAAGAAGAGACGUAUGUGACUGAUAUGAUGGCAGAAGAUAUAGACAGAGAAGAAGAGACGUAUGUGACUGAUAUGAAGGCAGAAGAUACAGAGGGAGAAGAAGAGACGUAUGUGACUGAUAUGAAGGCAGAAGAUAUAGAGGGAGAAGAAGAGACGUGUGUGCCUGAUAUGAAGGCAGAAGAUAUAGAGGGAGAAGAGAUGUAUGUGACCGAUUUGAAGGCAGAAGAUAGAGAGGGAGAAGAGACGUAUGUGACUGAUACGAAGGCAGAAGAUACAGAGGGAGAAGAAGAGACGUAUGUGACUGAUAUGAAGGCAGAAGAUACAGAGGGAGAAGAAGAGACGUAUGUGACUGAUAUGAAGGUAGAAGAUAUAGAGGGAGAAGAAGAGACGUAUGUGAGGGGUGAUCAGCAGUGUAAGGAGGAAGAGAUCCCUACAGAUAUCAGCACAGCAGAUGGACACAAAAGCAGGAACAUCUCAGAAGGACAUCUAAUGUUAUCCCCGGACUGUGAAAUAAAAGAUGAUGACAGUAGACAGGAUUCUCCAGGAGAUAACCCCAUUACCCCAAUUGUACCUCCAGCCCUGUCAGCUGAUCCCUCUGAUCCUGGGAAAUGUUCUCCUGAUCACUCUGAUAUUGGUGCAUCUGUUACAGCUCUGACAGUAGAUACAGUGUUUCCCUGUUCUAUAGAUGCCAAAUGUUUUACACCGAACACAAAGCUUAUUACCCAUCAGUCAGCUAAGGCAUAUGAGAGGCCAUUUCCAUGUUCUGAGUGUGGGAAAUGUUUUACAUGCAAAUCAGCUCUUGUUGCACAUCUGAGAAUUCACACAGGUGAGAGGCCAUUUCCAUGUUCUGUGUGUGGGAAAUGUUUUACAUGGAAAUCAACUCUUGUUACACAUCAGAAAACUCACACAGGUGAGAGGCCAUUUCCAUGUUCUGAGUGUGGGAAAUGUUUUACACUGAAAUCAUAUCUUGUUCAACAUGAGAGAAGUCACACAGGUGAGGGGAACUUUCCAUGUUCUGAGUGUGGGAAAUGUUUCACACACAAAUCAGUUCUUGUUGCACAUCAGAGAAGUCACACAGGUGAGAAACCAUUUCCAUGUUCUGAGUGUGGGAAAUGUUUCACACACAAAUCAGUUCUUGUUACACAUCAGAGAAGUCACACAGGUGAGAAUCCAUUUCCAUGUUCUGAGUGUGGGAAAUGUUUCACACACAAAUCAGCUCUUGUUAGACAUCAGAGAAGUCACACAGGUGAGAAACCAUUUCCAUGUUCUGAGUGUGGGAAAUGUUUCACACACAAAUCAGUUCUUGUUACACAUCAGAGAAGUCACACAGGUGAGAAUACAUUUCCAUGUUCUGAGUGUGGGAAAUGUUUCACACACAAAUCAGUUCUUGUUACACAUCAGAAAAGUCACAUAGGUGAGGAACCAUCUUCAUGUUCUGAGUGUGGGAAAUGUUUUACUAAAGCAUCAUAUCUUGUUAUACAUCAGAGAAGUCACACAGGUAAGGAGCAAUUAUCAUGUUCUGAGUGUGGGAAAUGUUUUGCAGCUAAAUCAAAACUUGUGAGACAUCAGAGAAGUCACACAGGUGAGAAACCAUUUAAGUGUUCUGAGUGUGGGAAAUGUUUUGCUCUGCAAUUAAAUCUGGUUACACAUCAGAAAAGUCACACAGGUGAGGAACCAUUUUCAUGUUCUGAGUGUGGGAAAUGUUUUACUAAGGCAUCAUAUCUUGUUAUACAUCAGAGAAGUCACACAGGUAAGGAGCAAUUUUCAUGUUCUGAGUGUGGGAAAUGUUUUGCAAAUAAAUCAGCUCUUGUAAUACAUCAGAGAAGUCACACAGGUGAAAAACCAUUUUCAUGUUCUGAGUGUGGGAAAUGUUUUACUUCCAAAUCAACUCUUGUUAUACAUCAGAGAAGUCACACAGGUGAGAAGCCCUUUGCAUGUUCUGAGUGUGGAAAAUGUUAUACUACUUCAUCACAUCUUGUUAUUCAUCAGAGAAAUCACACUGGUGAGAAACCAUUUCCAUGUUCUGAGUGUGGGACAUGUUUUAAAGAGAAAUCACAUCUUGUUAUACAUCAGAGAAUUCAUACAGGUGAGAAGCCCUUUGCAUGCACUGAGUGUGGAAAAUGUUUUGCUCGGCAAUCACAUCUGAUUAGACAUCAGAGAAGUCACAGGUGAGGCCAUUUGCAUGUUCUGAGUGAGAAAUAAAUCAGCUCUUGAUGCACACUGUAGACAUCACACAGGUGGGGAAGCAUUUUAAUCUUCUGGAGUAGACUCAUCUUCACCAUUUCCCUGCAUUGUUCCUUCAGGUGCUAUUCUAUGUCCUAUGUUUUGUUUUUUGGAUUAUAAAAUCUUCAUUGAAGCAUGAACAUAAACUAUUGAGGUAUCUCGUUCCCUUUCCGUUGGGCACCAGAUUUUUUAGUGUAUUUGGUACUCCGAUUUCCAGGGGAUAUAUCCACUCUUUAUUUGGUUAGUUUUACUUAUUUUAUUACUCAAAUGUUGACUGAUUUUGAUAAAUGGCGUCAUUUGCCGUUAUCAUAUAUCGGCCGUUGAUGGUCUUCUUUCCCAGACUUCUUUACCCAAUCGAGAUGUUGCCUUUCUUUCUGACUGACCGUGAUGUUGCACAUAUUAAUAGGACUAUAACCAAAUUAAUAUCGUCUGGUAAACGCCCCAGGAUAUCACUGUAUAAAUUGCAGCAGCCGUUGCUGGGAGGCAUUAACUUCCAGAAUGUUCAUGAUUAUGCCCUGACAUCAAACCUAUGAUAUGCACUGGAUUGGUUAAGGAGUGUGGACAAUUAUGUUUGUUAUUCUCUUGAUCAAGCGUUUCUGUUGUUACUUUGGAUGCCUUAUUACAUUUACCGAUAACUUCUUUUCCAGUGGAACUAUGCGAUAAUCCAUUACUCUACUCUAUACCCCAUAUUUCUCUUACGUCCUAGAGGAUGCUGGGGUCCACAUUAGUACCAUGGGGCAUAGACGGGUCCCUUAGGAGCCGUGGGCACUUUAAGAGUUUAAUAGUGUGGGCUGGCUCCUCCGUCUAUGCCCCUCGUACCAGACUCAGUUUAGAAAAUGUCCCCGGUGGAGCUGUUUACAGCUAGGGUAGCUCCUAGAGCUUUUCUGGUUUUAUUGUUUCUCUAACGUCCUAAGUGGAUGCUGGGGACUCCGUAAGGACCA